AGCCCGCGCGGCGGCGCCGGAGACCGCGGGCCCGGGCGCCGCCCCCUCAGGUGAGGGCUUCGUCUCACAUCCUUCGCGCCUUCCCCGCGCGGCCCCUGGUUCUUCUUCCUCCUCCUCUGGUUGCCCAGAUAGCGCUGCGCGGGCCCGGCCGCCUUCUCUGCCCACCGGACCCCGAGGUUGGCUGACCUAACCCCAUUGGGCAUGGGGGUCGGGAGCCAUCGCCUUGGCGUCGCAGGGAGUGCUUUUCCUUCUCCGGGCUGAGGAGCCAACAUGUUGGUGAUACCUCCGGGGCUGAGUGAAGAGGAAGAGGCACUACAGAAGAAAUUCAACAAACUCAAGAAAAAGAAAAAGGCGUUGCUGGCUCUGAAGAAGCAAAGCAGCAGCGGUACAGCGAGCCAGGGCGGUGUCAAGCGCUCACUGUCAGAGCAGCCUGUGGUGGAUACUGCCACAGCAACAGAACAGGCCAAACAGCUGGUGAAGUCAGGAGCUAUCAGUGCCAUCAAGGCUGAAACUAAGAACUCAGGCUUCAAACGUUCUCGGACCCUGGAAGGGAAGUUAAAGGACCCAGAGAAGGGGCCUGUCCCCACCUUCCAGCCGUUCCAGAGGAGCAUGUCUGCUGACGAGGACCUACAGGAGCCAUCCAGACGGCCCCAAAGGAAAUCUCUGUAUGAAAGCUUUGUGUCUUCUAGUGAUCGGCUUCGGGAACUGGGACAAGAUGGAGAAGAAGCAGAGGCCCCUGGGGCUGGCGAAGGCCCACCUCGAGGUUUUGACUGGAGCUAUGAAGAACACGGCGGUGCCCGAUCCUCAGCCUCCCCUCCCCGAAGCCGCAGCCGGGACAGAAGUCAUGAUCGGAGCCGAGAUAGGGACCGGGACAAAGAGCGAGACAGAGACCGGGAUCGAGACAGAGACCGGGACAAAGACAAAGACAGAGACCGGGACCGGGACAGAGACAAAGAGCGGGAUCGAGACAGGGACCGGGACCGGGAGCGAGACCGAGAGGGCCCUUUCCGCAGUGAGUGGUCUUGGCCAGGGUUUAGGUGGGUCACGCUAAGUAGAAGGUGAUGUGGACUCGGUAAUGACUGUGGUUCCUAACCCACAGGGUCAGACUCAUUCCCCGAGCGGAGGGCCCCUCGAAAGGGGAACACUCUGUAUGUGUAUGGAGAGGACAUGACGCCCACCCUCCUCCGAGGGGCCUUCUCUCCCUUUGGAAAUAUCAUCGACCUCUCCAUGGACCCACCCAGAAACUGUGCCUUCGUCACCUACGAGAAGAUGGAGUCAGCAGAUCAGGCUGUUGCUGAGCUCAAUGGGACCCAGGUGGAAUCUGUGCAGCUCAAAGUCAACAUAGCCCGAAAACAGCCCAUGCUGGACGCUGCUACUGGCAAAUCUGUCUGGGGCUCCCUUGCUGUCCAGAACAGCCCCAAGGGUUGCCACCGGGACAAGAGGACCCAGAUUGUGUACAGUGACGAUCUAUAGGAAACCUUGUGGAUGGCUUCUAGGACAUGAAGCUGGAUUCCUUGUGCCUCAUAUGCCCCCAAGCUGGUCUCAGUAAAAUCCUGGGGUAGAAGCUUUUCACCUCUGUCAGCCUCUAGUCUUUCAGCACUUGGGAUUGGAGUUGAGCCUUCAAAAGCAGCUGUCAGUGUUGUUAACCAGUGCACGCCCCACUCCCUUACCCCAAAAAGAUGUGGAACACA